UCGGAGGGCGGUGAGUAGCAUCACCAUGGCGGCGGAGUACAAGUCGAAGGCGCUAACCCGCAGGCCUGUGCUGCUCAGCAAGAUCGAGGGCUCUCAGGAUGUAGUGAACAUGGCAGCCAUCAUCCCCAAGGAAGAUGGGGUUAUCAGCGUCAGUGAGGACAGAACAAUUCGAGUGUGGAUAAAGAGAGACAGUGGUCAAUAUUGGCCGAGCGUUUACCACUCAAUGUCAUCUUCGUGUUCGUGCAUGUCCUUCAAUCCAGAAACAAGGAGGCUGUCUGUAGGUCUGGACAAUGGUACUAUUUCUGAAUUUAUUUUGUCGGAGGAUUACAACAAAAUGACUUCUGUAAAGAGCUACUUAGCUCAUCAGAACAGAGUGACAAUGGUCCUAUUUAUCUUGGAAAUGGAAUGGGUGCUGAGUACAGGACAGGACAAGAGCUUCACAUGGCAUUGUUCAGAGAGUGGCCAAAAGUUAGGUAGCCACAAAACCUCUGCUUCAGCCUCAUGUCUGCAAUUCGACAUUGAAACACGACAUGCUUUUGUGGGGGAUUAUUCUGGUCAGGUGACAAUAUUGAAGCUUGAACAAGACAAUUGUUCUGUAGUUACAACAUUUAAAGGACACAGUGGUAGCAUUACUGCACUUUGUUGGGACCCAGUUCAACGAACACUAUUCUCAGGCAGUUCUGAUCAUUCCAUUAUUAUGUGGGAUAUCGGAGGAAGAAAGGGAACAGCUAUCGAGUUGCAAGGCCACAAUGACAAAGUUCAGUCCCUUUGUUACGCUCUUCAUACUCGGCAGCUAAUCUCUUGUGGUGCAGAUGGUGGGAUAGUUGUGUGGAACAUGGAUGUAAAAAGACAAGAGACUCCUGAUUGGUUGGAUAGUGAUUCCUGCCAGAAGUGUGACCAACCUUUCUUCUGGAACUUCAAACAAAUGUGGGACAGUAAGAAAAUUGGUCUGAGACAGCACCACUGCAGAAAGUGUGGGAAAGCUCUGUGUGGGAAGUGUAGCUCCAAACGUUCCUCCAUCCCACUAAUGGGAUUUGAGUUUGAAGUGAGGGUCUGUGACAGCUGCUGUGAAUCCAUCACAGAUGAGGAUCGAGCACCCACAGCCACUUUCCACGACAGUAAGCAUUCUGUGGUCCACAUGGCAUUUGAUGUAACGAGAGGCUGGUUGUUAACUUCGGGAAAUGACCGGAUUAUCAAGCUUUGGGAUAUGACUCCUGUGGUAUCGUGACCUGCUUUCGCUGAUGAUCAGAAAGGAUUCUGUCCAUGAGCUAGUCUACACAUGGAAGAUUAGUCAGCAAUGCUAAUACAGUUAUGGCUUCGACAGGGAAUGCACAGGAAUUUAACUUUUUCCAAAGCAACCUUCCAAAUCCUGAUCAGUAUCUGCUAAAGUUUAAAAGUUGCACAAUGAUUCUGGUAAAUCUUGGUUGUGAGAAUUGAAGUACAGUUUUCAAGAGGGUCUUUUGUACAAUUAGUGUUUGUAUGAUUUUCGGUAAUUUUUUGAUAGACCUAAAUGAUUUUUGUUUAUUUUUAAAUGUUGUGGUGAUAAGUUUUUGUCUGUUCAUGUUUUUCUGUUGCUUGCCAAUGAAUGAAUAAGUGUCAUGCUUGAGAGGUGCCCAGUUUUGUUUUGGUAAUGUACUUCGCGAUAGUACAUAGUUGUCUGUUUCGUGUCAAGAAAUCACGGACUGCUAAUACAGAUUUUUCCAAAGCAGCAGAAAGGAAAAACUAACAUUGGGAUUGCAGCGAAGGGAAAGAUAUAAACCUCAUUGUCUAACAGUCCUCUAUCUACGUCAAAGUGAAAUUAGGUCAAACAUUCCAUGCUUUCUAGUGAUUUAACCCAUGACUGUAGAAGUGAGGUUUAAGAAAACCCGGUGUUUUCUAGAAGUUGAGAUGUAAAUAAUUAGAAGGUAUAACCACAAACUCUAGACAUGUUUAAUGCAACCUGUGAUAGUAGGAUGAACAGUAGUAAAAUAAACAUCAGUGCAAUAGAUAUAAGCAAGAUUAUAAAGAUUAACUCAAUCUGCUGUUGAGACGGUGGAGAAGGGAAUUUUGAUACUUAACUAAAAAUCUAUUCUUUUGCUCUAACUUCAUACUCCUUAUUAUAUGUUUAUGCCAUUGCUGUCCCAUUAUGUUGCUUGAAAGGGCAAGGUGAGAAUUGAGAAGGGUAAUGUGCCUUUCAUUUUUACUUUAAAGUCUGAUCUUUGAUUUCUGGACUGAUAUGCUUCCUUUAUGUCUUUGCAGCCAUUUUUAGACACUGCAGUAUAGUGGCACAUCUUUUGAAUCCUGUUUAGAUCAACGUUGAGUAUUACAAUCUGUUGAUGCAUCCAGUGAUCCAAUUAAACUCUCAUCUAACAAAUUGAAAUGUAAUAGUUGACUUUGACUUUGUGGGACUAAAGUCUCCAAUCACCAAGUUGUAGAAACAUGGGAAGCUGCUCAGCUGAUUACACUACUUACUGUUUGCUCCACAUUGGAGUGCUCUACUCUAUUCCCAAUCCUUUUCUUGCAACUGUCACUCAGUUCCUGUGCAAUUUGCUGAGGCUAGUUUCACUUUUAAUUGUCCAAUGUUGAUCGUGCAUACUCUUUAAAAGACUAAACCACCUAUCUGACUUUUGCAGCAAAUGAUAAAAACUGGGGUUUGGGAUGCUCAAAGGCUUGUUGGGGUUAAUGGUUAGUGAUGGUGUUGGGUGCAACAAACCUCAAACUGGAGAAUAAAAGCUUGUCAUUUGCAUGUUGCCUUUACUACCCUCAAUUCUUCAAUCCACAGAAUUAUUUUGAAGUGUAAAUAGCAACAGUGAUAGUUAAUCCAGGAAUUUAGACUGUUACAUUUUAAUGGUAUGUAAAAGGAACACAAGUAUCUAAAGUUGGGCUAAGCUAAUCGCAUUGCAGUCAUUUUUUAUUACAACUUUUUUUGCCUUCAGAAAACAAAUCAUGUCUUUGCUUGGUCCUCAUAGGUUGUCUACUGCACACAUUUUAACUGAAACUUUUUUUGCCGUAUGCUUACAAUUAGCAUUCAUUCCACCUGUCCUGACGAAGGGUCUCGGCCUGAAACGUCGACUGUACCUCUUCCUAGAGAUGCUGCCUGGCCUGCUGCGUUCACCAGUGACUUUGAUGUGUGUUGCCAUUCCACCUGUGGUACUUUUGUUUUGCAUUUUAAUAGAAGGAACAAAGAUACUACGAAGCACAACUUAAAACCUGCAAUGGAUAUUUUAACACAAUGAAGUACAAAUUUGAUAUAGGAACUGGAGUAAAUUCUUCCAUAUCCUUUAAUUCCCUUGCCUUAGAAAUUUGUUUUAAGUCUUGAAAGUUCUGUUGUUUGCUGCAUUUGUUUACUCUUGAGGGGUUGUGGGGUGAUGAGAGGAGAAUUCCAGAUUUGGUUUGUGUUGUGUGGAGACCUAUGAGGCUUGGCUCGAAUCUAAGGAUCCCGAUUCUUUCUCUAUAUCCCUGCUCCAGAGAAAAUAUUUGUGAACUGUCAAACUUAUUGAAAAUUUAGAUCAUUCCAAUAGCUUCUAUAUUCCACUUGUGGGGCUUUUUACACAUAUUCCCUUAACAACAUGGUAACUUUAUUUACUUGUGAGUACAAUCAUCCAAUGGUUGUGUUUUGUCUUCCAAGUGGAAAAUAAAUUGGUUCUUCCUAUGCAGCCUAUGUAUCUUUGAUUCUCAUAAUUGAUCCAAAGAGUUGAAACUACAGUCAAUGUCUGCCCUAUCUCGAUUACUCAACUAAGUGAGAGUUAAGCCCCCAGAUGAAGGCAUAGUGGUUUAUUCUGAGGUUAAUUUUUUUUUCCAUAUUUCAUAGUAUUCCAGUAUUUCAGAUUUACCAAUCAAAAUAGUUGAGGCAAUGUUUGUACCAGUUUAUUAGGAAAUCUUUAAUCCACUGCUUUCUCCCCUUCUGUUUGUGACAAUUUUCAAAAUCCAUUCACUUUUAAAACUGUUUUUGCCUCAAAGUAUCCCAUACUCUAAUGUAUACCCCCAUCAAUUUAAAUCAACCCAGUCAGUGCUUGGAAAAAUUAAGUGAUUUUAAAAUCAAUCAUCAAUGUUCUAGGAGGCAAUUUAGUGAUACAAUGUCAUUGUUUGCUGUGUACAAUAGGCUAAUGGCUCUGAACGUUGUUCCUGCAGACUACUAUGUUGCCUGGAAACUUUUCCACUGUAAUUUGUUCCCUCUCUUCACUACCUUUUCACCUGCCCCCUCCCAAAAGAAAAGUGUAGUGCAUGUUUUAAACCGAUCUUUGCUAGACAAUGGAAAACUGUCCCAUUUUGGUCAACAGUAGUUAAGUUUUACUAAAGCAAAGGGGAUAAAUUGAGAAAGUUAUUGGUUAAGAUAAAAAGGUAGGUGCCAGUUGGUGAUCUUUUGGCUGAUCUUUAACCUCAGUGUUAUAAACCUGUGUCCUUUCAUUGCCCAAUGAGCCAUUGAUUUCUGAGCUGACUGCACUCAGUGGUUGAGCCUGCAGAGCCCCUUUCCCCAAAACAAUUCUGAAGGUUGGCUCCUUUCCGUGUGAAGAAGUUUGUUCUCACCUUCUAAAUGAUUGACCACCUAUUUUGAGCCUGUGACUCCUGGUUCUAGCCACACCAGUCAAACCAUCAUCCAUGCAUUUCCUCUCUGAAUCCCCAAAAUAAUUUCAUUUGUUUUAAUGAGAUUGUUUUCAUCCAUUGAAAUUCUAAAGAGCGUACACCCUUUGUGCACUUUGUAUAUUUUUCUUAGAAAUCAGAAUGGUACGCAAUUAUUUCAGGAGUAGUCUCACCUGGGCCCUAUUGCAGUAAGUUGUCUUUGCUCAAAAUGAUAGGUUCUUGAUUGGUAAAUGGGUUAAGGGUUACAAGCAGAAGGAGGCUGGGGAAAAAGAAACAUGACUAAAUGGUGAAGCAGCCUUGAUGGACCAGUAGCCUAAUCCUAUAUUUUAUGGUGGAAACACUCUUGUAAUGGAGGCCACUGUUGUGCUUGCCCUUGUCAUUGGUUGUUCUAUCUCUGAAAAAUUUCCAUUCAAACUGUAAUACAAUAACACUUGUGAAUUUUGGGAUGUACUGCUUCAGGUAUUGUGUUGUGAAGAUGGGGCACAACACUGAAACUCUUAUGGUUAGUGCUGUUCUGGAAGUUCUAUUUGUGUAUGAAUAUUUUCCCAAAAUUUUUGUUUUUACACUUGUCCCUAAUAUUUCUGAGAACUUUGUAUAAAUUUGGCUUGACUAGAAAUCUGUAUCGGCAACAACUGCUGAGGCCCAGAAGCCAACUGGGCAGGACUGAACUUACUUUUGAUAAAGUAACUGAUCCAUUAAUUUGCAGUUAUUAAAUUUUAAGGCUAACUUCUCCAAAUUUAGUUUUAUUAUUAGAAUUGGCUAAGAAUGGUUUCUAGAAGUAUAGUGAGGUUCAGGAUAAGGCCCCUGAGGAACAAGUCAAAAGUCCCAGGAAACAAUUGAAUGAAAAUAGUAACAGCUGUAUCAAUUAUAUUGCAAAAAAGCUUUCAUCAUCUCAUCGAUUUGGUACUUUCAAAAAGUUUUCUGAUUUUUGAUGUGGUCUCUAGAUGGAUUUUUAUUGGAACUUGUGAUACUUCAAAGUAAUGCCCCUUCCCCUCCCACCAGUGGGAGUGCUUCAUUAGCUGCCAGAGGUGAUAGCUGGUCAGCCUUGGAUAAAAUUUGGUGUUCCAGGACCUCAAUCAAUUAUUUACAGUACUCCUGAGGGAGAAAGUUUCAAAGCGGUUUUUGUCAUGUAGGCAUUGUGCAAUUUUGAGAGUAGUUUAUUGUGAGUUCACUCUUGAUGGAAUGAGAAAAUGUUAAAUUAAGCAAUAUUCUAUAGCAACCAAUUUGAUUGCUGCAGACUCAAUUUUAUUUGCAUUUUUUACCUGAUACUUCAUAACUGUAUCCAGCCAAUUAUAUUUCACUUCGUAGUGUCACUCUGAGAGCCUACUCUAUUCUUUGCAUUAGAACAGCUCAAUUUUGUAUUCCUCAGCCAAGAGAAUCACAGAUCAGUGGAAAUUGACCAGUUCCAAUUUUAUUAGAAGCGAUUAAUGCCUAUGUUGUUCAGGAAAAAUCAACUAGGCCCCACUGAGAAGAACCAGCAGUUUUUGUCUUAUUGACAGCUGCUUUCAAUGGAAUUUAGUCCACUUGGAAGCCACUUGGCAAUCUAAAAAUUUUAAGUACUGUGAUUUUAUUUUUAAAUGUGACCAAAUCUUACUGCAAAGUGGUAUUUCCUUAGGGUGGAGGAACGUCACAUUUGUGGGUGAAGUGUAUGGAACAUUGUACCAGUAUGAACUUAAAUGAUGCUGCAACUAAUGCUUCAAAACCAAUUCUGCUCUAAAGUAGGGCGACUCCUCCUCCUGGUAAAAUGCCGAUAAAUCAUUGCAAAGCGAUUUUACUCCCAGGUUGAUUUCACUAUUAAUGCUUCAUUUCGUUUCAACACUUAUGACUUGUUAAAUAUUUAAAUUGUUACUAUAUUUAUGUAUUGACAAUUCUAAAUAAAACUCUUUUAGAGGUGUUUGUAAGAGCAUUGUCUCAUUGUUGCAGAUGGUUCCCCUCUGACAGUUGUGUAUCAUCUUUCACUUUGAUUGAUCUCCAGUUGAUUCAUAAGCAUGGAAACAGACACUCUAGCCCACCAGAUUUGUGCUGAUUGUCACACACUAUUUACACUAAUCCCACUUAUUCUCCCCUCUUUUUUCCUUCUGUUUCUCCUGCUUCUGCAAAGCUCCACCUCUUCUGACCAGCUUUGAGCACUGCUAUUUUUGGAUCUUGGUAGUGGCUUCUCUU